AUGGAUUAUCCACAAAACCCCAUUGAUCUCUGCCUCUCUGUACCUCAAAACUCCAUCGAAGCUUUAGAUUUGCUCAAAGCUUCAGGUAUUCUGCCUCUCUUUGCCAGACUCAAACCAUCUAAGCUUCAGACCAUCGUUCGCUGCUUUAGACCAUCGUUUGCUGGUUCAGCCUACAUUUUGGUAAUAAUGGUUGAUUCUAACAUUGAUUCUCAAAUCUCUCAAGAUUUGAUCACUCCUCUCAAUACCCAUUUCGCUUCUCACUCCAAAUCCUCCGCCAUGGAACCACCACAACCACCACCACCAAAAUCCUACUGGCGAUUCAGCAAACAAGACUUUUUCCCAGCACCCUCCUUCCAAAAGCUCUCCACAAUGAUGUUGGCCCAACUAUAG